GGAAGGAGGCAAAAAAAAGAGGAAGAAGUCAAGGGACACUUUUUUUGUGGAGCCGGAACACGUGGGGCAGGGCUUUAAAAGUCUUCUUUGGGAUUCGAUCUUCAUUUAUGACCUUCUUUAUUCAAUGAUCAUACAGUUAACAUAUAGUUCAGUCUUUCUCUUUUUAUUUCUACACUCGUGUGUACACAAAUAUAGAUAUGUUUAGUAAACACUGACUCGCCUUGCUGUCUUAUGUGAGGUGUUGGAUAACUGUGCUACAGUUCCCCAUCCGUUUGGGUGAAAAAAAAGCUUUAAAAAAGAUGGAAAGCUCCAGGAAGACGAGUUCACAACCGGGAUGGAAACUCUUAAGGGAAUCGCUGCUUCUGUGCCUUUUCGCCGGCCACGGAGAGGCUCAGUGCAGUGGUUGUGUUGAAUACUGCUGCGAUGGAGUGCCUCCUUUCUGCUGCUCGUACUACGCCUACGUGGGGGAUGUACUCUCGGGCACAGCUAUUUCAGGGAUCGUAUUCGGAGUAGUCUUUUUGAUGGGUGCUGUGGCCGCCAUAUUUUUGUGCAUUUGCAUGUGCUUGAAGAAUGGCCGUGGAGCGAGAGUGGGCGUCUUUAACACAUCAUACAUCAACACAGUGACUCAGGGCUAUCCAGGGCCACCACCUCCUUACAGCUUUGACUAUGAGAUGUUUCCCCCAGAUCUUCAACCUCCUCCAUAUACCCCAAUGCCUACCAGAACAGGGAACUACUCCCCACCCCCACCAUAUCCGGGCUACAAUCAAAAAUAAACUUUCCUCAUGCACGUACUCAAGACAUGGCUUGGAAAACACUACUUAUGAUAUACAGAGUGGCGCUAAUGUUCGAAAAUAUUAAAAGUUGCCUCGGGUACAUCGCAAGGAUGAAAAAUGUAACUAAACUCUGCAAUGUCGUGCAUUCAAACGACCUGCCACCUUGUGAAUAUGAUUUAUAUUAAUGGGGAUGUGGAUCAUUCCCAGUAUUUGUAUAUGUUUUUUUUUAAUGGCUUGUGUGUACAUUUAAAUGGAUAUGCAGGUGGUCUAUGAACAGUUGGAUUAUUCUUUGACACAAAAUGUAGAAGCAAUGCUAUAGAUAAAGCCAUGCUCCAUUUUGGGAUUUGGAUUGUUUCAUGAAGAUCUAUUUGCAGGACUUUCAUCUGUGAACAGAAACCAGACAAUAAUAAAAUCAAAGGUUUAUAAGUCAAAGAAAUUCCAUACAGGACAAUAACUGUGGGAAAGUGGUUGGGCAUACUGAUCGGAAGAAGGAGAAAGUCCCUUGUCGCUGGACUUUUUGGAUGUGCCAUGUCUUAAAUGUAAGGCCACUUAAAAGCGUCAGCCAAAUGAGCACAGAUAACUUGACGCUUUUAUUACCAUGGUAAUACAAAUGUUUUUGCUUUUUAUAUUCCACUGGACAUAUGAGAGAAAUACAAUCUUUCAAGUGAGGUAUAUUAAUUUAAAGAACAAAAAUAAACACUCUUAAAAACUGCGUGAUCAGAA